AUGACACCCUUCCGUUCGAAAUGCUGCAUGCACAUUUCCAGCCAUACCGUCUUGCCCGCCAGCAGCCUUCCGCCCAUCGUUCAUGCCCAGCAGGGCCGAGGUUGCAUCAAGCUUGGCCUCCAAGCGCGCCAGGACGUCAACGAUAUUUGGGGUACCAUGGAGCUGGCAACCAACAUCAUUACUUUCAUGAUGGGCUCCUACAAGAACCGGACCAAAAAACGGACGCAACCAAAAGCAGAUUUCAGCAACUCCCGAAGAAUGUUUAUGCCCUCUAUCAACGACCGUGUGCGAUUGAAGUAG